GUUGUUCCCCAGUAACGGAUCUUAACAACGGAGAUUCUUCAACUGCGCAGACCAAGUCUUCUCUUGGCAGACUCCCGUUCAACUGACUGCCUUCAGAGAUAGACUUACUUUGCGACUGACGAUUUACCGCCAUCUACCAAGUGGAAACUUACAAGAGACACUGCUGCCACACGACGCGGUAUAACCCGGCUACCAAUCGCAGUGAAGCUGUACAACACGAUGACCGCUGGGAUAUGCCGAAGCCAAAAACAACUGAAUGGGAAGACAGCCAUUGUUACUGGAGCGAACACAGGUAUCGGAAAGGAAACAGCCCUCGAUCUGGCCCGCAGAGGAGCCAAAGUUAUUCUGGCUUGUAGAGAUCUGAAGAAUGGGAAAAUAGCUUGUGAUGAGAUUAUUGCAAGAAGCAAUAACUCCAAAGUGGAGGUACGUCACUUGGACUUAAGUUCUCUGGCUUCAGUCCGUAAGUUUGCUAAAGACAUUAUCAGCACAGAGACACAUCUGGAGAUUCUUGUCAACAAUGCAGGAGCAGGAGGUCUAGGAGAGAAGCGAACAGCUGAUGGUCUACAAAUUGGUAUGCAAGUGAAUCACUUCAGCCCGUUCUUGCUCACAUGCCUUCUAGUAGGACUGUUGAAGAAGUCAGCUCCUAGUCGAAUUGUGAUGGUUUCGUCUCUAGUGCAUAAAUACGCAAAAUUUGACUUGGAUAACCUCAACUCGGAAAAAUGGUUUAAUGAUAUACAAGUGUACAACUGCAGUAAACUGGCCAACAUUCUGGUAGCAAAUGAAUUGUCCAGGAAAUUAAGCGGAACAGGUGUAACAGUGAACAGUUUGCAUCCCGGUGUUGUGGGCACAGAUAUUAUGCGACGGAUGCCACGAUUCAUUUACUACAUAGCUAAGUUCAUGAUAAGUCUUAUCUUUAAGAAUCCCGAGCAAGGUGCACAGACCUCAAUCUACUUGGCAGUUUCAGAGGAUGUUGAAGGCGUGUCUGGCAAAUAUUUUUCUGAUUGCAAGGAAGCAACAGUGGCAAAGGAUGCACUGGACGUGGGUCUAGCCAAGAAGCUAUGGGAGAAGAGUGAGGUUCUGGUUGGUCUCAAGGCAGAAGAAAUGGAUUUAUAAUCAGGAAUUUCUACAGAUUACUUAACUCUUCCAAUUCACUCUUGACAUAGCCUGAUAUAUAGGUGUUCCAUUCAAACCUCCCACAUUUUAUCAAAUCUUAGAACAGAAAGUGUGAAUGGUAGGAGAAUGAAGAUACAGGAAAUACAAGAACUAAAAAAAAUUGACACACUAAUAAACCUCUACAUGUGCACCAUUGGUAGCACGAACA